GUUUGCAUGUAUUAUUUAAUUUUAUUAAUUUUCAUAACCUCUUUCAGUAGUUAAUUUUUAUCAUUGAUUUAAGUUUUAUCUUGUGUACAAAGAUAUAAAAAGGAUGCCACAUAAUACUCGUAUGUUAAUAUACAUAAUAUAUAAACCAUCACGCAUUUCAUCUUGGCUCAUUGCAUAGUAGUUAUACCCAACAAACUAAGCACAACAAUAUUAUAGUUUUACCGGUUUUAAAUUUUCACGCGAUAUUCAUUAAUUUAAAAAUGUUUGUAAUUUUACUAGUGAUAUUGAUACCAUUGGUAAUAUUUUAUCAAAUACAAAGAAGAAAACGGUAUGGUGAAUUUUGGAAAUAUGUUAUGGCUAUUCCUGGGCCAAAAGGCUACCCUCUGGUGGGUACGAACAAUAUAUUUCACACGCAAGAAUCAAUGUUUGAAGAAGAUAGAGAGAGAGGAAAAACAUAUUUUCCUAUUUACAAAACGUGGUCAUUAGAUUUAGCAAGCGUUGCUUUGAUCAUACCUGAAGACAUACAGUUGGUGUUAAAUAACAACAAACAUAUAAAUAAAAGUAUGUUUUAUGAUUUUCUACACUCUUGGCUUGGAUCCGGACUUUUAACAAGUGGAGGUGCCAAGUGGCACAAGAGAAGGAAAAUUUUAACUCCAGCUUUUCAUUUUAAUAUACUACAAGAAUUUAUUGAAAUUUUAAAUAGAGAAACUCAGAUUCUAGUAGAGAAUUUAAGCAAAAUCUGUGAUCAACCUUUCGUCAAUGUUGUGAAACCUAUAACGGAAUAUACAUUAUUUUCAAUUGGCGAAACUUCCCUUGGUGUUCAGCUUCGUGAAUAUUCAAAUUGCUCUCAAUAUAAGCAAUCUGUAUAUGAUUUCGGUGAAUCUUUUACAUACAAAAUAGCCCGUCCCUGGUUAUGGAUUCCUGUCAUCUAUAAAUCAAGUCAUAGAUAUCAGAAAGAUAAGAAAACCGUAAAAAAUUUACAUGAUUUCUCAAUGUCUGUGAUCAAGGAACGACAAAAGUUAUUCACUGAAGUUAAAAGUAAUGGAAGUUAUUCGGAAAGAAAAAGGUUGGCUUUAUUGGACCUGAUGCUAAAAUCUUAUGAAAAUGGAGCUGAUAUUGACAUUGAAGGAAUUAGAGAAGAAGUGGAUACUUUUAUUUUUGAGGGACAUGAUACUACUUCCGUAUCACUAUGUUAUACACUGAUGGUACUUGCAAAUGAACAAAAAAUACAGGAAGAAAUUUACGAAGAAAUAAUAUCAAUCGUGGGUGACUCAAGUAUUCCUACAUACAAUGAAUUAGGUGAGCUAAAAUUUAUGGAACGAUGCAUAAAAGAAAGUCUUAGACUGUAUCCAUCCGUUCCAGUAAUAGGAAGAGUAGCUGGGGAAGAAAUAAAAACAAAAUCUGGAUAUACGAUUCCAAAAGGAUGUAAUAUAAGUAUAAUGUUCUACGAUUUACAUAGAAGACCUGAAAUUUGGAAAAAUCCUGAAAAAUUUGAUCCUGACAGAUUUUUACAAGACAAUGUUGCUAAGAGGCAUCCGUUUGCUUAUUUGCCUUUCAGUGCUGGAAGUAGAAAUUGUAUAGGUCAACGUUUCGCCCUUUUGGAACUUAAAGCAGCUUUAUUCGGCAUAUUAAGAAAUUUCAAAUUAUUACCUGUUGACAAACCAGAAGAUAUGAAAUACAAAACUGAUUUGGUUUUAAGACCGGCUGGAGAAAUUAAAGUUAAAUUUGUACCCAGAUUAAUAAACGUCUAA